AUGGGAUAUUCACUGGGGUGUAUGUCUAACGGCUUCUUAGGUCUAGCAAGCAUCCUCGCAGUGACAUUGAACGACCCGACACGUCGCAAGAUGAACGCUAUGGUCUAUAUUGCUGGAGCUCUCAAUACAAAUCACUUAGGGUUUCUCGACACGCUGCGAAUUCGCGAGCGAGCUAUAUAUCUGAUCGCUGAUGGGGAUCUAGAAGACGAGAAAGCUCGUGGCAUAGGAGAUGCACAGAUCUCCCAGGUCUCAUCCUUCCUCGAACAAGGCGACCGCGGAAGAUACGACAUCCUAUUCAUACCCGGGCCGUCAGAUAUCACUGCAGUCUCUGUGGAAGCAGCAGCCUCCCAUAUCCAGGCCCUGUAUGGAAACGGCUUGAAUACUGUUGCCACUGGGAGUGGCCGCUUGUUACUCGCGUCAUCGGGGCUGCUUAAGGAACGCACAGCUUCAGCUGCGUCACUGGACGUACCUCAGACACAAGUCGCAUCAGCGCAAGAGUGGCUUGAAGACAACAUCAUACGCGAUGGUUAUUUCUGGACAGCUGAAGACUCUCCGGAGACACUCAGAUCCCUCGCAUAUCUGGUCAAAGCAGCGGUAAGGGGAGAGUUGCAGUGCGCGAUCUUCCCCUUACCGACUUUCCGGAAGCAUUGGAAAGCGCAAUCCGGUGAACAGGGCGCGACCAUACACUCGGAGCCGACGAAGCCGUCAACGACCCCAGGGGCAGACUUAGCCAAGUCCAUAAACAGCUAUUCGCCUGCCGAAGCCGACCGGAUACCACAUUCGGUUGUGCACUUGGCUAUUCGUGUUGGCCUUGAAGGCUCCAUGUCUUCCUGCAAUGCCCUCGUGCGCGCGCUGUUUCAAAUGUUCCCGAACGCGUAUGGGCUUCUCGGCGCUUCGUCUACACGACCGUUCGAGUAUCUCUGGCGGGAUGCUGGGAACCGACUUCAUGUGCCCUGGGAUGCCCCAUCGGACGAAGACUUACGCUCUUGGGAGCAGGAGGUCAAGGAAAUGCACCACUACCCAUCUGACGAUGAUCUCAUGGAUGUCCUCGAAUACGUCAAGGUCUGCGUCGCUUACGAGCCCGGCGACUGGAGGAUGCCUCCAUACUCGCACGCUGGUGUUGUUGCUAUAGCGUUGGGGGCUGGUGCGGAGAAGGAGGCGCGGGAAUGGAUGUCAGAACUUGUCCGAGACGCUACGCACUCCGACGCGACGUGGACAUGGGAUAUCGGGCGCUGGCCAAUUCUUGUCGAAUAUGCCAAACAAACGGGGAUCGUAGCCGAGAUCACCAGACGCAGCGUAGAGCAAGCAGAAGAAGACGCGGAACUCGCACGACAGGCACUAUUGUCCUUUCCUCACACCUCCAUUGCGGUGCAGAACCAGCGGCGCGCCGCCAUGGAGAAGUUGCGCAACGCCCCGAUGUCCAGCCUCGUACCAAUGCUGGAAGUAUUGAAGUGGGAAGAACACGAAACGUUGCUCAAGCCCCCGGCAUCUCUGUCAGCUAUCCGCGAGGCCGAGGAGCGGCUAGGAACUGAGCUCCCGGACGACCUCAAGGAGUUCUACCUCGUCUCCAAUGGCGUAGAAUUCAUGCCGCUGGCGAAUGCGCCCGGUUUCAGACCCGUCGAAGAUCUCAAGUGGGAGAGAGCAGUGGAUCUUGGCCUCGACCAGAUCGCUGUGGAUUUAGGGUGCGAGAUUGACGGUGCGGAGUGGGACCAGCUGCCGAAGAUGGAUCGUAUCCUGGUCAUUUCUGAUAGCGACUCGGAGGAGAAUGUCUGGUACGUCGAUUCUGAGACGGUCGGCAAGGCCAUAAGCGUCAUUCGAAGUCUUAGACGCUCAGUCGACGUGUCGGGUGAACCCGGAUGGCGUGCGGUGUUCUGGUGUUAUUGGAUGGUGGAGACUCGGUGGCUCGAGAGAGGCUUCCGUGGGUAUAUCGAGGAGCUUGCUCGCGAGUCGGAGAAGAAAAGUGCCGUCCUGAAUGUAUAA